AAACUUAUUAUGAUUGUUGACUGAUAAUGUUAUGAUUGUUGACUGAUAUGCUAACAUUCUUUUGAAUUAUUCCAUCUUAUGUUAUUGGGAUAAGAUGUUGCUCCUGUCUUAUGUUCUGGUUCUCUAUCAUUCUUAUUCUUGAUUAUUGAGGUUUAGUGCGAUUUAGUCCAAGAAACCUCAUAAAAUUAAUCAAAAAUCAAAGCCUAAUUAGGGUUCCUACUUUCUAUCCUGGCUAUAGUGGCCAAUUACUUGGGAAAUUUCUCUGCCUCAUAUCCUUUCUUUCUUCCUAUAUUUAUUUUAUGUAGUUAGUUGAUGAGCUGUUUAUUACUUUUCAAUUUAACUAAUGGCUUGGUCCACGCCUACUACACCAAUCAAAUAUCUUCUUGCUUCCCAAGUUUCUUAUUUAUUUAUUUAUUUUUCCAAAAGUCAAAUCCAACCCCCAUUAUAAAAGCGGGGCCAUAACCAUCGUUCUAUUCAAGCUCAAACCAUUUUCAAGUUGGCCAAACAUAACAUGAAGAGAGAGGGUCGCCAACAUGGGAUGGUUCGGACCCAUCGCAUCCUACCAUCCCGAUUGAAUCCCAGACCCGCUACCAGAUUUGUCAACGAGUUCGACUUACCCCCAACAGCCGGAUUGUUCACCAAAGUCUCAUCCAAGCCCACCAACCACUCCAAGUUCACCGGAAAGUGUUGCAAGGCUCGCUGCAACGGCUGCCAUAUGCACCCGGUUUGCAAGGCCAAGGACAAGACCAAAGGGACCCAGAAGCUCAGAUCUUGUGACGUCGUUUCCAAUCAUAGGUUGGUCACUUGGAGGGUCGUGGAGGGUCGGCAGGGGUUGAAUUUUUCUGGCUACUCUGCUUCGGGUAUUCUGGAUCAGCUGGAGGAUGAUGAUGAUGGUGAUAGAGAUGUGGAUGAGCAUGAUGGUUCAUGUGCUGGUGGUGAUUUUGAUCAUGUGGUGAUGGGAUUUCAGCCGAUCAAAGCAGAGAUUGUGAUACAUAAUAGUGAUCAUGAUGAUGACGAAAAUGGUAAUCAUGGUGGUGAUGAUGUUGAUGAUGAUGCAAUAAGCUAUUGUAAUGUGGGUUUUGUGAUGGACGAAGCAGAAGGAGAUGAGGAUUGGUGUCUGGUGGGGGAAAUGUGAUGUAAAGACCGAAGAUUGUUCAUCAUGUCUUAUUCCUUUUCCAUAACAGUGUUAUGCUUUUUAAAUUGUAUAUUUUAUUUGAAGUUGUAAUUGAAGUCCAAAUAAAACAAAUAAAAAAAAAAUUGUAAUUCACUAUUUCUCUUUGUUUAUCUACCAAAAAAAAAAAAAAAAAAACUUUGUUUU